UUUUCUCUGUGGUUUUCACGCAUAAUAUCAAGUAGCAGCAUGUUGACAUGGUUAGAUCAACCUCCACCACCACAACACAACAGCUUCUCUGUAGAGCCUGCCAGUGAUCUUUGCUCUCAGAAUGGACGCCUACACCAUUAAGUCAUAUGAUGAUGAUUACUACUAUUAUGGGGAAAACAGCAGUGCAACAGGUGACUUUAAUUUCUCUGUGGAUUGUCCAGACUCAAACCUUCAUGGCACCAACGUCUUUCUGCCCACGAUGUAUUACCUCAUAUUUUUCACAGGCUUUUUGGGCAACCUUUUUGUUAUCUCAAUCGUGGGAAGCAAAGGGAGAAGAGGUGGGCGACUAGUAGACACAUUUGUCAUCAACCUAGCCCUGGCUGACCUGAUCUUCGUCCUCACGCUGCCACUGUGGGCCAUCUCUGCCAGCCAGAACGGCCACUGGAACUUUGGGAAAUUUGGGGACAUGCUGUGCAGGCUGAGCAGCUACAUUAUCGCUGUGAAUCGCUUCUCCAACAUCUCCUUUCUUACCUGCAUGAGUGUUGAUCGUUACCUUGCUGUGGUGAAAUUGCUAGAUUCAAGAUACCUCAGAACUAGUGGGUGCAUUCGUGUCACGUGUGCUGUAGUCUGGUUCAGCUCCAUGUUGCUUGGCAUCCCAUCCAUGUUGUACCGAAGAGUGGCGGAGACCAGCGAUGGACUCUACUGUCUGGAAGAUAACAGCUCACUUUUGUUUCUUGGCCUGAGCUUGACCAUGGUGGUACUCACCUUUAUCUUUCCAGUGUUAAUCAUCAUGCUCUGCUACGGCACCAUCAUCAUGCACCUGAACAAGCACUGUGUUGCUGCUGCAAAUCCUCGAGCGGAGGCCCGGCGCAGACACUCCCUCAAGAUGGUCCUUUCCAUUAUAGUGGCCUUUGUGGUGUCCUGGCUCCCCUUCAACAUCUUCAAAGCCAUUAUAAUUGGCUCGCAGCUCUCAAAUGCUAAUAUGAGUUGUGAUACUCAGUUGUGGCAUAAAAACGGGCUCCUCAUCUCAUGCUGCCUGGCCUUCCUCAACAGCUGUGUCAAUCCAGCCAUCUACUUUUUCCUGGACCGUCAAUUCAGACGACGGGCCGAGAUCCUGUGCAAGUUCUGCAUAGGAAAUCCAAAGGUGCGGCACAGCCUCAACUCCUCUGCUUCAUUCACCAACAAUGGCACUUCAGAGAGCUUCGGAACAGGUGGUGGGAGAACUCAGCUUCAGCUGUUGGAGUAGGAGGUCUGAUAGGAGACAGAUUCUAAUCUUUGAAGGUAUUAAAGUUGUUUUAUCAUCCUGUAAGAUUGGUAAUGUGUGAAAAACUGUUAAAAUCAUCCUGAUAAUGAGAGACUUUAGAUCAGUGUCAUGUUAAAAUCAUUA